UUUCUGUUCUUUUCUCCUUCACGCCUGCUGCAAGCAGCCCUCUCCACUCUACUUGUGCUAGCGUUCUAGGGUUACAUUUCGUCGUUAGCCAAGGAAGCAGGCAGCAAGCAGCAGCAAGCGAGCAGGCACGCAGGUAGCAACAGUAUAUCGUUAGGGAUUUCAGGGUGUAUUGUCUCUCUUUCCCCAAUGGCUGUUGCGUUUCAGCUCAGCACGGCGCUCCUCCCCUCCCUCGCGCCUCCCUCUGUCUCCCCCGCCAACGUCACAAAGCCCUCCCUUUCUUCCGCAUCCCGCGCCGCCUUGUGCCCUUUAAUCGCCGUCCGCUCGUCCGUUACUCCUCAGCGAUCCGCCGCGUGUCGAGCAUCCACGGCCAUCGUCUCAUCCGCGUCAGCAGGAACCAUGGCUGACGUGGCAGCUCCGGCGACUGACGUCAGCGCGUCCGCCGGUGACGCAGAUACGCGCAGCAGGUGCAGGAUCUGCGCGGCGGUGACCGCAACGACGGUGGGGGGAAUGCGCGAGCAGAUGGCGCAGGCGAAAGCGGCGGGGGCGGACACGGCGGAACUAAGGGUUGACCAUUUGACCGAGUUUGACCCAAGUGUUGACCUCCCUGCGCUCUUAAACGACCGCUGCCUGCCCGUUAUUGUCACAUGCCGCCCCACGUGGGAGGGCGGCAAGUAUUCCGACCCCGACGAGGCGAGGCGGCAGCAGGUGCUGGUGAUGGCCAUGGAGAUGGGCGCCGAGUUCAUCGACGUCGAGCUGCAGGUCGCCGCGGCCUUCAUUGAGCAGCACGUCACCCCCCGCCGCACUGCAGCUGCUGCCGCUGGCGAUGUGCUUAAAACGCGUGUGAUUGUAUCGAGCCACAACUACAGCGUGACGCCGCCGCUCGAGGACCUCCGGGAGCUGGUGGCUCGGAUAGUGGAAGCCGGGGCGGACAUUGUCAAGUUCGCCACCACUGCCAUGGAUAUCACUGACAAUGCACGCGUGUUCCAGAUACUCAAGGAGGCACAGCUGCCCACCAUCGCCCUGGUGAUGGGCCCCAGGGGCCUCAUCAGCCGCCUCCUCGCCCCCAAGUUCAACGCCUUCCUCACUUUCGGGGCCAUUGCCCCGGGCGCUGAGUCAGCGCCAGGUCAGCCAACCGUCACUGAGCUGGCGGGCACGUAUAGGCUGGCGUCGGUGGGCCCCACAACGCAGGUGUUUGGGCUGAUAGGGAACCCGGUGGCGCACAGCAAGGGGGCGGUGCUGCACAACGCUGCGCUGCGGCACAUGGGGUACGACGGCGUGUAUGUGCCCUUCCUGGUGGAUGACGUGGCAGAAUUCUUGAAGGCGUUUGAUCAUCCGGACUUCAGAGGGUUCAGCGUGACCAUCCCGCACAAGCUCGCUGCUUUGGAGUGCUGCAACGACGUGGAUCCGCUUGCCAAGAGCAUAGGGGCAGUCAACACCAUCGUACGGGGCGAGGGCGGCACGCGCAUGGGGUACAACACGGACUGCACAGCAGCCAUAGAGGCCAUAGAAGAGGGGCUGAGACAGGCAGAGGGGGGGGACAGAGCGGGGGAUGCAUCCUCCUCCUCUCCCCUUGCAGGCCGUCUCUUUGUCGUGGUGGGGGCUGGGGGUGCCGGGAGGGCUCUUGCCUUCGGUGCCAAAGAGAGGGGUGCGGAUGUGAUUAUAACGAACAGGAGCUAUGGGAAAGCCGAGGCGCUUGCUGCGGCUGUGGGCGGCACUGCCGUGCCUCUGCCGUCCGUUUCUGACGCCGUUGACAUCUCAGCGAAUGGCGACGAGCUGGCGGUGACGCUGCAGAAGCUGCAGAAGGGGAGGAGUGUGCGUGCUGUGCUGGCGAAUACAACCUCAGUGGGCAUGCACCCUAAUGUGGAUGAUACUCCUGUCAGCAAGGCUGUACUGGAGGAGUGCAGCCUCGUAUUCGAUGCCAUUUACACCCCGAUGGAAACUCGUCUGCUCAAGGAAGCGAAGCUGGCUGGAGCGGCUACUGUCAGUGGCGUUGAGAUGUUUGUCGGCCAGGCAGCUCGGCAAUUCGAGCUCUUCACUGGAAAGCCAGCUCCCGUGUCAUUAAUGCGCGAAGUGGUUCUUGCAGCAUUAUAAAUGCCACAAUCGAGGCAGUGUAUCAAAGAAGCACCAUUUUGCCCAAUUACGAUAGCUGUGGUAUUUGAUUACUUCUAGUUUGGUCCUAGUCGUUUUAAUAUCUAUCAUGUAGCCGACAGUAAAACGCUGACGAAAUGGUUUCGUCAGCAACGAUUCUUCGCCAACCACGGCAAUCCCCAAUCAGGCU